AUUAACUCUUGUCAAAAUUUUAUUUUUAGAUAAAUGAAUUGGUGGAUGCCCGUGAUGUCAGCAUUGGAGCCUGGUUUGAAGCUCACAUAGAAAAUGUAACCCGAGCAACAAAAGGACAUAAGAAUGGUAAAGCUCAAGCAAAAAGUGGCAAUACUUACAGAAGGACUAAUGGAAACUUAAGCCAAGAUCAUUCUAGAGAGAAUACAAAUAAUUUGGACAGUGCACCUUCAACAUCUUAUUCAGACUGUAUGGACACUGAUGAAGAUGCUAUUUAUCAUAUCAAGUAUGAUGAAUCUCCUCCUAUCAAACCAGAAAUGUUUAUUCCUGUGCUCUUUCAAGCCAUUGAGGCUUAGAACAACAAUUAUAUAAGCACAGGGUGGGUUCUAAUGGAACAGUGGGAACACUACAGGUAUCCAGAGAAUGGUAUAGUAGAAAUGCGUGCCAAUAAUCUUCGACCACGAGCAAGAACCAUUUUGAAGUGGAGUGAACUCAAUGUGGGUGAUAUGGUGAUGGUUAACUACAAUGUAGAGACUCCAGAAGAGAGAGGAUUCUGGUUUGAUGCAGAAAUUACCUCUCUGAGGGAAAUCUCAAGGACUAACAAAGAAGUUCAUGCCAAAAUUCUUCUGGGAGGCCCGGAAGACACAAUAAAUGAUUGCAAAAUCCUUUUUAUAGAAGAAAUGUACAAGAUUGAAAAGCCAGGAGCUUAUCCACUGACAUUUGGGGAUGGAGAUUUCAAAAGAAAGAGUGGCCCUGAGUGCAAGCACUGUAGGGCAGACCCAGAUACGGAAUGUCGCUUUUGCUCCUGCUAUUUGUGUGGUGGAAAACAGGAUGCUCACAUGCAACUUCUGUGCGAUGAAUGUAAUAUGGCCUACCAUAUAUACUGCCUGAAUCCACCUUUAAGCAAGAUACCAGAAGAUGAGGACUGGUACUGUCCUUCCUGCAAAAAUGAUUCUAAUGAAGUUGUAAAGGCUGGGGAAAAGCUCAAGCAGAGUAAAAAGAAAGCAAAGAUGCCAUCUGCCAGUACUGAGAGUCAGCGAGACUGGGGCAAGGGUAUGGCUUGUGUUGGUCGAACUAAGGAAUGCACUAUUGUUCCUUCUAACCACUAUGGACCUAUACCUGGCAUUCCUGUUGGAACAACCUGGAAAUUCAGAGUUCAGGUGAGUGAAGCAGGCGUUCACAGACCCCAUGUUGGCGGAAUCCAUGGACGCAGUAAUGAUGGAGCUUAUUCACUUGUGCUGGCUGGAGGAUUUGAAGAUGAAGUGGAUCGAGGCGAUGAAUUCACUUACACUGGGAGUGGUGGUAGAGAUCUUUCUGGAAAUAAAAGGAUUGGAGAACAUUCAUUUGAUCAAACAUUAACACACAUGAACAGGGCACUGGCCCUAAACUGUGAUGCUCCAUUGGAUGAUAAAAAUGGAGCAGAGUCUAAGAAUUGGAGAGCUGGUAAACCAGUUCGAGUGGUGCGCAGUUCCAAAGGACGAAGGAUCAGCAAAUACGCCCCUGAGGAAGGCAAUAGAUAUGAUGGCAUUUAUAAGGUGGUGAAAUAUUGGCCAGAAAUUGGAAAAUGUGGAUUCUUAGUUUGGCGUUAUCUUCUGAGAAGAGAUGAUGUUGAACCUGCGCCUUGGACCUCAGAAGGAAUAGAACGGUCAAAGAAAUUGGGUCUGAAUGUACAGUAUCCAGAAGGUUAUCUGGAAGCCAUGGCUAGUAAAGAGAAGAAAGAUAAGGUUAAAAAGCAAACUGUGAAACAGGAGCCAACCAGACAGAGCAAUGGAAACCAGAAACGGUCAAUUGAUAAUGUAGGUAUAGAGGAGCCUAAAAACACAUCCAAAACCAUGAGAAUGGGAGAUGGAGGGAAAGGAGAGGCUUUUCAGCUAACCCAGCAACAGCAGUGGCUGAUAAGAGAAGACUGUCUGAACCAGAAACUGUGGGAUGAAGUGCUUGCUUCACUUAAGGAAGGACCAAAUUUUCUGAAGAAACUGGAACAAUCCUUUAUGUGUGUCUGCUGCCAGGAGCUGGUUUACCAGCCAGUGACAACAGAGUGCCUCCAUAACGUCUGUAAAAGCUGUUUACAGCGCUCCUUCCGAGCUGAAGUCUUCACCUGCCCUGCCUGCCGCUAUGACCUUGGGAAGGGCUACACCAUGGUUCCCAACAAGAUACUGCAGACACUACUUGACCAGUUCUUCCCUGGGUACAGCAAAGGACGAUGAUAUGUUCAGCUCCUACCUGACUUCUCCCAGUGACUAUAGACAAUAAAGGAGAAUAAACAUGGGAAAUUCAACAGUGGACCAGCCAACUUGAUGGGACUCAACAUAUUGUCACAUUCUGAAGCAGCUCUCUUCCCCCUACAGCCAUCUCUUUUGUGUAGUGAGAACUCAAAUUCUCAGCUGUCUUUCACCAUCAAAGGUAGUCUUUGCCAGUUGACAACUAGUUUUUAAAACAGAAAAACAAAAGCCUCAGCUCUGACUGGUCAACUGUAGCUGAUGCUUAAAUUAUGUUGGGUUUUUGUAACUACCUCAGGACAGAGGAAGAUAAUUUGUGGGGAUUAAAAGAAGUUCAGUGAAGUUUUAGCUACACACUGCCUCCUGAAUAUUAGUUGUGCCUGGUCCAGGCAGUUUGAUUUACAAAACAAAACAAAAAAAAAAGCAGCACUUAAACCAGUUUGAUUAAAGAACAAAAAAUUCUGUGGUGUGCAUAAUCCUUUUUUCUUUUUUCCCCAUUAUGCUGCAUUUUUUUCUUUUUUUUCUUUUUUUGCAAGAACAGGCUGAUUUUUAGUCUAUUUUUGUGAGCUUCAUUGUGCUUUUUCUUGUAUCUUAUGCAAGUUGACUACUAAUGACUAAUGAGAACAAUAUGAAUGCAUUGUUGCUACAUUAGUGUAAAGUGAUCUGUGUUUUUUGCACUUAAGGAGGGUAUUCAAGACACUCUAGUUGUGUAAAAAAAAAAGAAUUCAUAUGAAACAAGCCACUUUUGUAUUAGUUAAAACUGUAUGCUUUUAGUAGGACUUGUAUCAGUGGCAAUACAUCUACUCAGCAUUGAAGGCAGUGCUAGCUUGGAGACAGUUCAAAUCGCUUCAUAUUGUGAUCUGAAAUUUUAUAUACAGUAUAUUCCCCCAAAAUAUACAUUAAAUAUUUUAUGAUUCAGAAAAA